UUCAUCUGACUGCCUGUUACUCUGAGACAUUUGCCGGUCGUCUUGACUCACUGCUAGAAAUGGAGCAACACAACUCUUCCACCUUCAUCUCCUUCACCCUAAACUCCUCCAACUCUAAUGCCUCCUUCCUCAGUCCUGCACCCAUCCCUUGGAACCGUGAUGGUCUGGCCCCUGGCGUGGUCCUGUCUCUUUGCUUCCUUAUCGGCAUACCCGGGAACAUCGCAGUGAUAGUUGUCCUCUGUCGGAACCACGAUCUAUCCAGUUUGAGCCGGAGACUGAUGUUGAACUUGGCUGCAUCAGACCUGCUAUGCCUUGUCACUCUGCCUGCAUGGAUCCACAGCAUUCUGUUUAGCUGGAUAAUGGGUCGGGCUAUUUGCAAGUUAAUGUCCUUCCUGAUUUACUGUAGCAUCUACACCAGCUUGUUGACUAUCACGCUUCUGAGCAUCCAGCGUUACCUCCAGGUUCUGUAUCCACAGACGUGGGCCUUGCUGGGAGUGGCAAAGGAAAGAGGACUGCUGGUUGUCCUGUGGGGGGCCGCCGGGGUCCUAUCUAUCCCUUAUUGGGUGGUGCGAGAUUUGAAGCAGGAUGAGAAUGGACAUUUACAGUGUAUGUUUGUUUUCGCGUCAGACGCUCAGCAAGUGGCCGUGUUGCUCCUACAGACUGUUCUGGGAUUUGUAGUUCCUUUCUCCAUCAUGGCCACGGCCUAUAUCCGCCUCCACCGAAGAGUGAACCAAACAGCGUUUUUCAGGAGCCCCAAGAUGACCAGAUUAGUGACCAGUAUAAUAGUGACAUUUUCCGUUCUUUGGACUCCUCACCAUGUCAUGAACUUGCUGGGAUUGUCAGCAAUCUUUGUAGGGGAUAAGGCUCUGAGAGGAGUCUGGGAGGCCCAUUGGAGAAUUGUUGGAUCUCUGACCUUCAUCAACAGCUGUUUGGACCCAUUCCUCUACGCCUUUGCCUGCAGAAACACCCACCCAGAGAACAGUACCAAUCCAGUCUGUCUCAGUCGUCCCCAUUGAUCCCAAAGCCACAAUCUGUAAGAUUUCGAGCCAUCUCAUUGGCAAUUUCCACAGUAUAAUAAUGAAUAUUGUUUGAAAUCAAAUCUGGAAAACAUUUCAAAUGUAAAUCAGAGAGUAUAUUAAAGGGGAACGUUCAGGAAUUUACAACAACUGAAAGUGGUCUAUGGGACAGGAGAAACUAUAUUCCAUGGUUCAGUUUUCAUUCAUUUUUUCCAUCCACUAGCAAACUAUUAAGGGAAGUCAUAGGGGCAUGUGUGCAUGUUUAUUAGUAUUAUUUAUGUCAUAAUCACCUUUAAAUAACAUCAAACCAAAUGUGGAGUUAAUUUGAGUUGAUUUGGCUUUGACAUUUUGACAAUUGCACAAAUGCCACUAUCACUCCUAUUUAUUUGUAUCGAGAGGUGGAUAAAGUUUGUAGGGGCUGUUUAGGGAAAACCAAACCACAGAUUACAGUUUUUUCUGGCCCAUAGAUACUUUCAAGGUGAGGAAGUGACGCAGUGGUCUAAGACACUGCAUCUCAGUGCUAGAGGUGUCACUACAGACAACCUGGUUCGAAUCCAGACUGUAUCACAACCGGACGUGACUGGGAGUCCCGUAGGGCGGCGCACAAUUGGCCCAGUAUUGUCCGGGUUUGGAAGGCCGUCAUCGUAAAUAAUAAUUUGUUCUUAACUGACUUGCCUAGUUAAAUAAAAUAAUCGAACAUAAAGGACUGUUGGGAUUCCAUAUGAACACCCACACAAUUUUAGCUAUAGCAUGUGGUUACUCUGCAUCCCAUGCUCAUUACAGUCCUGACUGAGGUCUUGAGAUGUUGCUUCAAUAUAUUAACAUAGUC